CUAGUUUCUCACCGGUCGGCAAAAGCAGAUGGACUGAUACCGGAGACGUGGAGAACGGGCAGAGAAAGAGCAACGGACUAGGCGGAAGCCGCGUGUAGGUUCCGGGAAGUUGAGCAGACUCUAAGGGCAAUUGAACACCUGAGAAGCGGAAAGGUGACCUUGGACUGAUUGUUGAAGCUUCUUUCUGAUAGCCAAGGAAAUUUUACAUUUUGACUAUUUCUUACAAUGGCUUUGGUUCACAAGUUCCAGAAUAGCACUUCUGUUCUCAGAAACUGCCUGAGGCCAAGUGCUGCCUUGAAUCCUUUUGGGGCUCUUCACUUUGUAGACUAUUCUACUAGUCUUCAGAAACCAGUGGCUCCUCCCAACAGAGUGUCCCAACAGAGGAAGACUGAAGAGGGUUUCCAAAGACAUCGUCAGAAAGAAGAUGCGUUAGAUAUAACUUCUCCUGAAGAGAAGCCUGACGUUAGUUUUGAUAAAGCAAUUAUAGAUGAAGCAAAGGACCAUUUUAGGCGUUUGAAGAAUGAAAUUGUGGCUCAUUGGAUAGGGCCAGAAGGCCGCCCACUGCAUGAGGUCUUGCUGGAACAAGCCAGGGUUAUUUGGCAGUUUCGUGAAAAACAAGAUUUGGAUAAGUGGAUAGUGACUUCUGAUAAGGCAAUUGGAGGUAGAAGUGAAAUAUUCUUGAAAAUGGGCAAGAAUAACCGAAGUGCACUGCUCUAUGGAACUCUGAGCUCUGAGGCACCUCAGGAUGGGGACAGUAGCCAAAGUGGAUACUGUGCAAUGAUAUCCAGGAUUCGAAGGGGUGCUUUUGAGAGAAAGCUGCCGUACGACUGGUCCCAGUUCAACACUCUGUAUCUCCGAGUUCGUGGGGAUGGCCGGCCUUGGAUGGUGAAUAUCAGGCAGGACACAGACCUCAUCCAGAGAAAAAAUCAGAUGUACUGUUAUUUUAUGUUCACCCGUGGGGGGCCCUACUGGCAGGAGAUCAAGAUUCCUUUUUCCAAAUUUUUCUUCUCAAACCAAGGAAGAAUCCGAGAUGUCCAGUCUCAACUGAUACUUGACAAGAUCUCUUCUAUAGGAUUCACCCUGGCUGAUAAAGUGGAUGGCCCAUUUUUUCUGGAAAUAGAUUUUAUUGGCGUGUUUGCUGAUCCAGCCCAUUCAGAAGAAUUUGCUUAUGAGAAUUCCCCAGCACUUAACCCAAGACUUUAAAUAAAGAACUUGUGGUAUAUUUGUAUUACAAAACUAAGUAUAGCCACAUCCACAUGAUACAGACUAAAUAAAGCCUUUGUAGCUACCUUUUGUUCUGUAGCUACUGUUUUGUUUUGUUUUUUUCAUUUUUCUGUUGUGCUAGGGUUUGAAAUUGAACCCAGAGCCUCAUGUAUGCUAGGCAAGCAUGAACUAUAUUCCUGGCCCAAAAUAAAAUAUUUGUUUAAUGGCAUACAAUGAAUGUUGGUACAUAUUCUUUAAGACAUGGUUAAAUGCUGUUGCUGAGAGCACAGAUACAGACAACAUAGCAUGAGCUCUGCUUCAGCCCACACAAGUGUUUCUGCAGAGGCGCUAUGUAAAUAUCGUGUUUGUCAGAAAUGUUCCUCUAUUAGGAACAUUUCCUACAUGAGUGGGCAGUUUUCAAGGAGUCUCUGGGAUGACAAGUGAUGGGAUACCACUCACCCCUUACUGGCUUCUAUUUUGUAGUUGAUGUUUGAGGAAGGAGCCUUUCAUACAUAUUGUUGAUCUUGAACUAUUUCUAGUACAUGCUCAAGCAGUAUAUUCAAAUACCAAUAACAUGAAAAAAGAAUUUUGCUUUAUAGCCAGGUGUGGUGGUAUGCAUCUGUAAUCCCAGCACCUGGGCAUCUACAAGGUAGAGGCAGGGAUCAGGAAUUCAGAGUCAUCUGCAAGUAUACAAUGAGUUUGAGGCUAGUCUGGGUUACAUGAGACCUUGUUUAAAUAAAUAAAUAAGGUUGUUUCUUCCUGGGGGAAAAAUGUGAGUAGGUAGGAAAGAAAAGGGAAUGUAUAAGCUCUUACUGAUCUUGUCUGGUCAUCCAAAUCUUGGGAUGCUUAAAAAGAAUAAACUUAACACAGCGAAAAACUUUUUUAUUAUGAAAUCUUAAGCAUUAUACAACUCAGAAUCUCUACAUGGUAGAGCAAGGAACAAAGAUAUGCUUAGCAACUCUUACCUUUUCCAGAAAAUUAGUAAGAUUUAAGUUUGACAGUAAUAGUAAUCCUUAUACCAGCAAUUCGCUCCUUCUCUGUUUGGUGGUACUAGGAAUCAAAUUCAUGUAGACAAGUGCUGUACAACUGAGGCAUACCCUCCACCCUCAAACUUUGAUACAGCCUUGUUUAAUCUUUUAACAGGUUGGUAGUAAGAGUGACAGUGGCAUUUAUAUGAAAUAAUCUGAACAAGGCUUUUACAAGAUUAAAACAUUUUUCACUAUGGUAGAACGUUGAUCCUAUAAUCAAUACAUUGUCCUAAUUUAGUUGGAUUACUAGAUUUUGUAGACAAAGGGCCUUUCCAUCCUACCCUUCUCUAUGCUUUCCUUUUAAUUUUAUUAUGAUAAGAUUCUGCCAUAACUGCCAUCAGAGAAAUGCUUUUGUCCAGAAAAUGAUUGUAGAUCUGUUACUAUUAGAACUAGCAGAAAGUCCUUGACAUGAAAAAUCUAUGUUAAGAAUCUAAUGAGGAUGGGUCUCAUUAGAAAACUAUGUUGUACAA